AUGACGAAGGAAGGUCAAGCGUCGGGAUGCACUGAUGCGUGGCAACAUAUGUGCUGUCGUGGUCUUGUCAACAGUCAACUAGGUGCUUCCCCAACCAGGCAUUUGCAAGAAGACCUAGAUGGACACAUUGAUAAGAUGGAAGAAAUGAAUCAAGACGAAUUGCAAUUUCACUAUUUCAGACAACAUGAUUAUGAUAAAAAUGAAAGAUUAGAUGGUAAUGAAUUGAUGAUGUCUAUCACCCACCACCAACACUCUGGUUCUGGUGAAACGGAAAAGCGAGAACGUACAUUUUCUGAUGACCAAUUGGACAGCAUAAUAGGCGAGAUUCUUAAAAGGCAUGACAAGGAUAAUGAUGGCAUGAUGAGCUUUGAAGAGUACGUUGCACCAUUAAGGGAAAUGAAGAAAGGGUCAUAGUAACUUUCUUCUUAUAAUAUGGUACAUUACUUUGAUAGUAAGAAAUAUAUGACAUUGUUGCAGAGUUACAGUUUGUGUUAAAUUCCAAUCAUUUUGCCUGUCAAAUUACCUAUUUUCUGUGUAUGAGUUUUGUUGCAAUAGACCUGAACUUUGAACGAGA